AUGGGUAGUGGGCCAUCGGUGCAGGAACACCUGCACAAGUGGGAGACCGCGCUCGGGGAGCUCGAGCACCUCUGCUCGGCCAAUCGACGCUUCAUGGACCAGGACCGCAUCUACGGCAGUGGGGCCGCCCUGAACGACAUACAGAGGGCCACAGAUGACGAGGCCACCUCCGAUCGAGGAGGAGCUCGACGGCCAUCGUCACUCGUUUCCUUCAGCCCAACCACAACAGCAGUCACACCAGAGGGGGGUAUGGGUGUUAGCGUGGGCAGUCUUCAUCGACAAAACCGCAGCGGUGCCUCAACGGUCAGCACAGCACCACUGCAGGAGAGCCGCACUGGCUUUGGAUUCACGGUUUACAACGGCGUGUCUGGCACCUGCCCGGUGAACUCGAACUCCGUGCAGGGCGGCGGCAUCGUGCUCUCUGGCAACGCCACCAAUGACGCGACCAACAGGAGUGUAGGAUCUGCCUCGGUGGGUCAGCAACCCAAGCACACGCGCCAGCAAGUUCUCGAGAUUCGAAAAGCGCGCAUGAGCCUCUUUCGAAGCUACGAGGCUGAAAACUCGGAUGCACUCACCGACCUCAUGCAAUGCAGCCACUUCGGUGCUGCUGCUGUGGCUCUCUCCUACCUGCUUGGUGGUGACGCGAACUGCAAGGACCGCCGGCGUCGCGUCACUCUCGAAGACAUCUUCUUCGCUACGCAGUCCCCGCUGCACAUGCUGUACUCCGGCUCACCACAUCUGCCGAUCAUGGCAGGCAUCAUCCGUGAGUUCCUUGACGUUGAUAACCGGUUCAAGGGCGAUUACAGCCUGGAAGCGGUCCACCUUGACGUGUCGCCGACGAUGGGACAGGUGGAGCUCGGCCCGAACGAGGUGGGUGACCGGCAGACUCGCAUGCAGCUGCCGGAAUUCCAGCGCCUCAUCACGCAGGACUGCGAGGACGAGGCUCAGGCGAUUCGUAUCGUCAACUAUGACCCGUACGUUUUGGAGCAAGCGAUGCUUGUGGACGCCUUUGAAGAUGAAGACGACCUGAACUCCCCCCUGGCAACCUCUGUGCUAGGGCUAAAUCCGCACCACACGGAGCGGCAGUACUCCCCACGAAACGAGGGUGCCUAUGCAGUUGUAGUCGACGUUCGGAAUGCUGUACAGCUUAUGGUGACCAUCGCCGAGGGCGUCGUGAACGACUCGCUGCACGUGAAGCUGAAGGAGGUACCCGUGGCGUCUCUCUUCAAGGCAAUGAUGACGGCCGAGGAAGGCCAUCGCGCGCGCGGCUUCAUUCGCGUCUUCAAGAAGGAGCUCAACCCAGAGUUCACCACGGAUGAGAUCAAGACGUUCUGGACGCCGGAGCUGUGCAGCGGCAAGGUACUUGGCACAACGCAGCUGGGCACGGACGCCAUGGCCAUCUCCCACCACAUCAGCCCCCACAUCGUCGGCGUGGCGUGGGCGAUGCAUCUGCUGGCCGGUGUUCGCCCUGGGACGCACGGGUACGGCAAUGGCCUCCCAGUCUCUGACAUUAUCCGCACCAUGAAGCUGCCCGCAGAGGUGUUCGUGGAUGGCGUACUACCGCUAGAGCAGGUGUACGAGUAUGCCUCCGGCUACGUGCAGCGGUCGAGGCGUGACAUGGAUGUGCGCCUCUACCCGGUGCUCACGAAGAUCUUCCGCGAGGACGCGGUGCCGACGAUUUCGGUGUUCGACCUCGAGUCCAUCCUCAUCAACGUGAGGGACGCGAACACCGACCCGGAGUCUCCGGUGCAUGUGAUGGUGAUAAUGUACAACGCAUGCGUGGCGCACAAUGUGCUGUACAUCGUGGAAGAGCCGCAGUGGUGUGUGCUGGCCGGCUACGAUCAGGAAAUGCAAACGGCCGUGCUGAUCGACGCCCACCCAAAGACAUUUUCCCGCACCUGGUCAUGCCCGCUGGAUCGUCUUCACAAGGCCAUGACCGGGAACGGAUACCUCAUGUUUUCAAAGCGCAGCACGAACCCGGAGUCGCGGCGCAUUGGUGCUCCAGCCACGAUGGCCCCCACAGUGGAGAGUCGACUUGAGCUGGUGGAGCGCCAGCACGAACUGGGCCGUGCUUGGGAAGGCGAGGCCGCGUUUGCCGUGCCGAAGGCGUUCACCUUUCCCUCGCUGCCUCUCAUGCCGACGAUGGUGGCCAUGACGUGCACCCGACUCGGCGUCCCAACCACAUUUGACGAUGUGGUGCUGCGCCUCCCGUUUGAAAUAUCCGCCCUGGUCAUUCGGAACCUGACACUGGAGAUCAUGCACGUGUGUCUGACACAGUACUUGCGUGUGGCGGGGUUGCAGGACGAGGUGCAAGUGAAGGCGUAUCAUGGGGAGAGCAACGCACGCGGGCUCCUCAUGCUGCCGCUGCCACUGCUCGAGGAACUCAUCCAGACAUCACUCGACGGACACAAUGUCCUGCUGCUGCACUUCGACCCCAGCCACCUACUCGUAAACGGGGCCUCGCGCCCGUUCGGUACCCUUGGCAUGGUUGUCGGCUACGACGCGGAGCUCCGAAGCGUGCGUGUGGCGGAUGCGAACCCCAACAGCUUCCUGCGCGAGUGGUCGGCGCCGCUGCUAGAGGUCUUCGAGUCCGUACUCGAUAGCGACGUCACGCGGAAGCACCGCACUCGCGGUGUACUGCUCGUCUCGCGUGCCGCAGCGGCUGGGGGUGCCACAGGUCCGGUGUUUGCGCCGCCGUGCAGCCGUGCUUUCCGCCUCGAGCUACUGCCCGUCUUGAACGUCUUCCUUGUUAGCCCCAGCCCCCACUUCCAAGGGAUGUCCUUCGCCUUUUCACAGCUGGGCUACUACUACAGCCCGGAGGAGAUCUUCUACGAGGCGUACCUGAAGACGAUGGAUGAUCAGCGGCGGCGUGGCAGCCAGGCCUUUGCGUGGCGCGAUGUCGAAGUGUCGCUGUCAAUCAUCAACAAAAAAAUUGAUGCCUUUUUCAUGGCAGAGGGGUGCCGGAAGUUCCUCGAGUCGCGCAAUGGACAUCAGAAUGGCACCCAAGAGACUAUCUCGGUGCAGGUGCUGGAGGACAUCGAUGUGGACGAGGAGCUGGACGAGCUUCUGGAGAAGUCUACGCAGUCCUCGGACACCGUUCUUCUUCUGAACUACGACGUACUACGUACGCACCAGCUGCCGAACCUCGGCCGCAGUGUGGCUACCGUGAAGAGCUACAACAAGGAGAAGCAGCUGGUCGAGCUGUGGGACGCCGAGUACGCCGUCUUUGGUCUCUCCUUUGUAGUCACAAAGCAGCAGCUCAUCGAAAUGGGAGAUCUGGAGAACGUCGGCUCCAGCCCGUACGGCUUUGUUCAGUUCAAGCGUGUUGCAGCCGGUGCCGCCACCAAGAAGCUGGGUCUUAUGUCUGCACCAUCGACGCUGGAGGAGGAGGAGGCGGAGCUCGAGGCGGCCACCGCCGCAGCAGAGACAAAGUGA